CAUAGAGAAGACAAUAACAUCUUUUUUAGAUUUUAUGUGUUAGCUUUGUGUAGGAAUAGCACAAAGAUCUAAAUUACUGUAUCAAGAUUUAUCUUUAUUUAGGUAAAAUGUUUAGAUCAAAAUCAGUUAAGAAAAAAGACGUCAGAUCAAAGAGUCAUGAACGCGUAUCAGUUUCUGAGCCAUAUAAUGUCAGGCAUGAUAUCUAUACUGGAGAAACAGGUUUAUAUGAGAGCAAAGAAGAUCCUGUUCCACCGCUAGUACUAUGUCCAGAAAUUAGUGAAAACGAUGUGCAUAGUACGUUAUCACAUGUAAGCUUUUCUCAACUUAUAAAAGAGGAAAUAAUACCAGCUUUUCGUUCAGAAAUGGUCAAGAUAAUUGAUGAAAAACUCACGAUCGUAGAUCACCGCCUUUGCCCAAGAUGUUUUCACACAACGUUACAAGACGAACGCGGGCCAAAUCUGAACAACAGGAAUUUACAUACAAGCAGUACAGAAACGGUGUCUCUAGAUGUGCCUGACAUAGAACAACAAAAUACCAGCUUAAAAGUAACAAAUGAGGCUGACAUUAAAACCUUUGAAACUGAAAGCAAUAGCUUGGAGUCGUUCAGUUAUCUUGUAGACCAUGAAAAAGAGCAGCACUAUUCGUCGACACAUACAAAACAAAGUAACAGAUAUGAGACAUACAGAUCUACGAUACAGGGUCAAGAUGAAACUCAACCCAAAUCUGCAGAAUCAUUGUCAGAAAAUAUUCCACCUAGGCUAAUAAAGACGGAGAAACAUAAAUACAUCGGGAGACCUUUAUCAAAGCUGGAUAAGAGGGAAUGUCUAGCAACUGCGUUGCAGUGGCAUAUAGAAGAGCUUGUGGAUGGCAUUGUGUUCAAAGACAGUGAACUACCAGACAGUCUUCUAGCAACUGCCAAGAAGACAAAUAAUAGGAAUGAAAUAGCUUAUUUAAUGAUGAUUUAA